AUGGGUUCCAUUGAACGGAAAGCCGAGAUCGACUUCUACGACUCUCCCUAUCUAACGGAGAACUGGGAUAUUAUCUCUCAAGGCUCCGAGGGCUAUGAUUCUGACGUGAUCUUCUACUGGAACGUAUUCCUCGAAGUCAAGGAAUCGAGCGAGUCCCAUGAGAACCCAUCCGUCCCUCUCAUAGUGGUCGACGUGGGGACUGGCACCGGUCGGGUUCUGAAAGGCUUAAACCGCUACGCCGAACAGAACAAUCUGCCCCUUCCCGAAACAGAAUUUAUCGGGAUUGACAUUUCCCAACAUAUGCUCGAUCGCGCAGCUGAGGAAACUCUUUCCCAGGUCGGCAGCGUAUCCUGGAUAUGUGGAUCGGCAAUCGAGUUAUCCACGUUGUUGGAAUCGAGCAGCAAACCCUCCAAGGUGGAUUUUGUUUUCAGUGCGGUCCACAGCGUUGGACAUCUCAUCCAUCCCGGCGAGCUCGAGAAGUUCUUCGCCGACGUUGCCAAAUUACUCCGUCCUCAUUCGGGACGGGCUUGUAUUUCCAUCUGGAAACAUUACCUGUUGUCCACUGACGAUGAAGAAGCUAAAACGCAAUACAACGACAUUGGAAGUCUGCCAAUGGUGCUCGCCAGCAAAAAGUUCCCGGGCGUCUUGUACCGUAAUCACUAUCAUGGGGAAGAACUAGCAAACGAUAUCUUGGCGUCCAAGACGAAUGUGCAGGUGUUCCGCCAGCAUGAGAAUGGUGAAGAGGAGAUCAUCGAAAGCAUCCCAACCGUGCUGAGAUACAAGAUGUUUCGAGAGCCGACGUUGUUGCGAAUCCUUGAGAGCUCCGGCCUAGAGGUUCUGAACAAGGAGACAAACGUGAUGGAUUUUGUCUUUACUUUGAAAUUGAAAUGA